GUGAACAGUAACGAUCUAAGGGGGCCUAAUUGUGCAGUUUUAGACCAUCAGUAAAAUCUCAAAUAUGUUUUUAAAGAUUGUGAUUUGCAUUGUGGCCUUAGUCCAAGUUGCUGUCGGCAUUGAACUUAGAGCAGAUCAUGAAGAAAAUGGCCCUGUCGCGUAUGAGUUCCACUACUCGGUUCAUGAUCCCCACACAGGCGACAUUAAAAGCCAAAAGGAAGUGCGCAAGAAUGACAAAGUCGAAGGAACCUAUGAAUUGAUCGACUCGGAUGGCCACCGCCGUUUGGUAACCUACAAGGCUGACGAUCACAGUGGUUUCGAAGCUGUGGUCUUGCGAGAACCAACCGACAUUAAGAUCCCUCUUCCCGAGCCACAUGGGAAAAUACUGACCGCUCACAAAAUCUUGGCCCCAGCUCCAUUGUUACACAUUAAGGCUGCUCCAGCCCCAGCUCCAUUGGUACAUUUUGCUCCUAAGCCUGUUUUUUUGGCCAAACCGAUUGCAGCACACGCGCCUCAGUAUGGCAAUUUCGUUUCCUUUUCUGGACCUUCGCACAAAUACAAUUACUAGAAUGACUAGUAUUUUAAUGGCAAUCUCAUCACUCAAACAACAUCCAGUCUUCCUCUUGCCACAACAGCUGACUCUUAACCUGACCUAAGCCAACUAAACCAACCCAGAAGACACGAAGCGCUUUUUUUAAUUUUGAUUUUUUUUUUCUCUUCAACAUCGUACUGAAGUGUGACUUUCACGAACUCUUGCAUUCUU